AUGCCCCUCCAGAGGCACACGUCGCGUCGCUCUUGGUGCCGAUGGGCGGCACUUGUUGCGCUAACAGUUGCCUGGUGCCGAUGCUGUGAUGUGUCCACUGCGAGGGUCGAUCUGCUCCAGAUCCUCCGCAGUCGCUCUGGGGGCACGGCAGAGCCCGACGGUCAAACGGUAAACCGGCUGCUCGGCGAGGCGGUGAAGUUGCGCGAGGAGGUCGCCAAAAGAAUCGACAGUCACUCGCUCGACGUCUGGAAGCUCAACCAGAAGCUGGAGUUCCUCAACGUGUUCUUCCCCUGCUCCGCGCUCGCGCAGAUAUUUCUCUUCUGCAUCCUGGUGGCGGAGAUCCACAAGAUCAGCCAGCUUCAGGCUCAGAACGAGCGCCUGGCACGCGCCGUCCGGUCGAGGACAUCCUCGGCGCCGCCUCCGCUGGCCGACCGGCCGCGGUAG